AUGGAGGAGCCCGUCCAGCUACCGGGCUCACUGGCAAUGAUGCCCCGCCUCGGCCUCGGCGUCUACCAGCUCAGAGGGGAGGAGUGCUUCGUGGCCUGUCUGGCGGGGUUGGAGGCCGGGUACAGACACGUCGAUACCGCGCAGCUGUAUGGGAAUGAGGAGGAGGUUAGGAGGGCUGUUGGGGUGUUUUUGCGACGGCAGCGGGAUUCAGAUGUGGAGAUAUCCGCUGGAGGGGUCACCAGGGAAGAUUUGUUUUUGACGACCAAGGUUGGGAGGUGGGAGGGUGGCGGGGAGAGCAUGUAUGAGAGUGUUUUGGGGAGUGUGAUGAGAGUUGCUGGGGAGGGGGAGGAUGGAGGGUAUGUUGACUUGAUCCUCAUACAUCGUCCCGUUGCGCGAUGGAGAGAUCUUUGGAGCAUGCUUGGGAGGCUGGUGAGGGAGGGUAGAGCGAGGGCGAUUGGGGUGAGUAAUUUUGGGAUUGCAGCGUUGGAGGAGAUGAAGGGUUGCGAGGGGGGGUUGCCGUGUGUGAAUCAAAUUGAGCUUCAUCCAUGGUGUCAACAGCGCGACCUAGUCGCCUACUGCCAACUCAACGGCAUCUUCAUACAAGCAUACAGUCCGCUCGCGCGGGGCCGACGGUGGGCGGAUCCGGUGCUGAGAGAGGUUGUGGAGCGGGUCACGCCGGCGCAGGUGCUGAUCCGCUGGUCUCUCCAGCACGGAUUCGUACCGCUUCCCAAGAGCGGCGGCGCGAGCAGGAUUAAGGAGAAUGAAGACGUGUUUUGGUUCCGGCUUGAUGGGGUUGAGAUGGGGAUGUUGGAUGGGUUGGAUUUGGGGGCUGAGGGGGCGCUGUUUCCCAAGAACGUGAGUUGA